UUUUAGUCCAUAUUUUCAACUCAUUGCAAGCAGAUCGUGGAAAAUUCUAAAACCAUCUCCUAGAAAAUUUUCACUGUACAAAAAGUUCAAUAUUUUCAGUGCAUUUAAAUAACAACACAACAAAAUCAUAGGAAGCAAUUUCAAAUUUAUUUUUGAAUAUCACAACAAAAACAGAAAAGAAAACGUCACAAAAAUAAUAAAAAAGUUUGAAAUUUAAUUUUCAAUCCAUUUUUAGUAUAAAUUUGUAGUCAAAAUAGAACAAUUUCAAAUAAAUAUAUUGCGCUCUAUGAUUUUUCCCUAACUGAUUAUAUAAAUUGCUCUAUCGUGUGUGUGAUCAAAUCAAUCAAAACAAACAAUAAAACUUGAAAUAAAUUUUUUUUAAUAAAAAGCAUAUGUGAACACUUUAUUACAAAAAUCUAUAAGCUAUACUUAAUUCUAAUUAUUACUAAAACUAAACAUCUAUAUAAUAUACCUAUAUACAUAUAUAUACAUAUUUGUUAAUUAAUUUAUAAACGAAAAAUUAUAAAAUGGGUAAAGUUCCAGCAAUUGGCAUUGAUUUAGGUACAACAUAUUCAUGCGUUGGUGUUUGGCAACAUGGUAAAGUUGAGAUAAUUGCUAAUGAUCAAGGAAAUCGUACAACUCCCAGUUAUGUUGCUUUUAAUGAUACGGAAAGAUUGAUAGGUGAUGCAGCCAAAAAUCAGGUGGCCAUGAAUCCAAAGAACACUGUGUUUGAUGCAAAACGGCUCAUAGGUAGAAAAUAUGAUGAUCCGAAAAUUCAAGAUGAUAUGAAACAUUGGCCAUUUACUGUUGUUAAUGACUGCAGCAAACCAAAAAUACAAGUUGAAUUUAAAGGUGAAAUCAAGCGAUUUGCACCUGAAGAAAUAAGUUCAAUGGUUCUCGUUAAAAUGAAAGAAACCGCUGAGGUAUUUCUUGGUGGUAAAGUUGUUGAUGCUGUUAUAACAGUUCCAGCUUAUUUUAAUGAUUCACAACGUCAAGCAACAAAAGAUGCCGGAUCGAUUGCUGGACUUAAUGUUCUUCGUAUUAUUAAUGAACCAACAGCAGCUGCAUUAGCUUAUGGAUUGGAUAAGAAUCUAAAAGGGGAAAAGAAUGUUUUGAUUUUUGAUCUAGGUGGAGGAACUUUUGAUGUGUCAAUUUUAACUAUCGAUGAAGGUUCACUUUUUGAAGUAAAAUCAACAGCCGGAGAUACUCAUUUGGGUGGCGAAGAUUUUGAUAAUCGUUUAGUGAAUUUCUUUUGCGAAGAAUUCAAACGUAAGCAUAAAAAGGAUCUUAAAGGCAAUGUUCGAGCAUUACGUCGUUUGAGAACAGCUUGUGAACGUGCUAAACGUACACUGUCAUCUAGCACAGAAGCUUCCUUAGAAAUUGAUGCUCUUCAUGAGGGUAUCGACUUUUAUUCGAAAAUAACUAGAGCUCGUUUUGAAGAAUUAAAUAUGGAUCUCUUUAGAUCAACAUUACAACCCGUUGAACGUUCUUUAUCCGAUGCUAAAAUGGAUAAAGCUUCAAUUCAUGACGUUGUUUUAGUUGGUGGUUCAACACGCAUUCCAAAAAUUCAAAAGAUGUUGCAGGAUUUCUUUUCUGGCAAGCAAUUGAACUUAUCAAUUAACCCCGAUGAAGCUGUUGCAUACGGUGCUGCUGUUCAAGCAGCCAUUUUAACUGGUGAAGGUAGUUCCCAAAUUCAAGAUGUCCUUUUAGUAGAUGUCACACCAUUGUCGUUAGGUAUUGAAACAGCUGGAGGAGUCAUGACAAAAUUAAUAGAACGUAAUGCACGUAUACCAUGUAAACAACAACAAACAUUUACCACAUAUAGUGACAAUCAAAGUGCUGUUACAAUUCAGGUUUAUGAAGGUGAACGUGCUAUGACCAAAGAUAAUAACUUACUAGGAACAUUCAAUUUAACUGGAAUUCCCCCAGCACCUAGAGGCGUACCUAAAAUUGAAGUUACGUUCGAUUUAAAUGCUGACGGAAUCCUGCACGUUUCUGCAAAGGACAAUAGUACGGGCAAACAAGAGAAAAUAACAAUUACAAAUGAUAAAGGUAGAUUAUCAAAAGCAGAAAUUGAUCGUAUGUUAUCUGAAGCCGAAAAAUACAAAGAGGAAGAUGAAAAACAAAAACAAAGAAUAGCUGCCCGCAAUGCCUUAGAAGGAUAUAUAUUCAGUUGUAAACAAGCUGUUGAGGAUGCUCCAUCCGGUAAACUGUCGGAAGCUGAUAAACAAACUGUAAGAGAAAAAUGCUCGUCAGAGAUGUCAUGGCUCGAUGCGAAUUGCUUAGCAGAAAAAGAGGAAUUUGAAGAUCAUAUGAAAGACUGUCAAAGGGUAUGUGGUCCAAUUAUGGCAAAAAUGCAUGGACAUGGUCAGCAACAAGGGGGUGGUGGUGGUAGUGGGGGAAGUGGACCCACUGUUGAAGAAGUUGAUUAAUUCACUUUUUUUAUUUUCUCUAUUUUUUUUUAUUAUUUGUUUUAAUUU